CGGCGACAAUGAUGGCAUGCAGCGUGUGCCUCACUUAUGUAUGACCGGCACCCAGGAUUAUGAACCCCGUCUUUCGCUCUUCGUUCAUCCCUUGCCCACCUUGGGCGAUACAUCUGGGCUAGCUAGGCUAGGCCACCUCUAUGCGCAAGAUCUCGAGGAGUACGGUGUGGAGCGUCGUCGGGGCAUGGUUAGCGGGUAGCAGCUGGGCGGAACAGUGCCACCUGAGGGCUCCGAAUGGACGCGAGGUGGUCGUCCCGUCGAAACCGAUUUCAAGCUCUGCGGGCGCGAGUGCCAGUGCAACGGCAACCGGGACCGCGACAGGGACCGCAACCAGCCCAACAGUCAGCGAGACGCCCUUCAAGUACGGGACGGAUACCAUCAGGGGCGUGAAUCUAGGAGGAUGGUUCGUGCUAGAACCGUGGAUAACGCCUUCGAUGUUCGAAAACACGGGCAACGACGACAUCGUGGAUGAGUUCACCUUCGGCCAGUUACAAGACGACGACGUUGCUUUGAAGGCUCUGCAGAACCAUUGGGAGACGUGGAUGACCGAAGAAGACUUUGCGAACAUGUCCGCGGCUGGGCUGAACCACGUCCGGUUACCGGUCGGGUACUGGUCGGUCCCUCUGACAUCGUCAGAUACGAAUUUCACGACGUCCGUCUCACCCUAUACCCCUGGCGCAUGGCCAUACAUCCUGCAAGCCCUCAACUGGGCAAAAGCACACAACAUUCACGUAAUCCUGGAUCUCCACGGCGCCCCGGGCAGCCAGAACGGGUACGAUAACUCGGGCCAGCGCACGAGCAACCCGCAAUGGGCCAACGCCUCUACGACGAACGUCGCUCGAACGCUCGAUAUACUCCGUUUCAUGGUCAAGAACGUCGGAGGCAUGGUCGACGUUAUCGAGCUCCUGAACGAAGCCGCCGGGUUCACGAGCAGCCAGUUCGCGGAGACGGUCCGCCAGUUCUGGCAAGACGGCUAUGACGUCGUGCGAGAAGCCGCAGGAGGCGGUAUCAAGGUCAUGAUCGGAGACGCUUUCUUGGGCGUAGAUAGUUGGGAGGGCUUCCUCACCUAUCCGUCCGCGGAGGGCGUCAUCAUGGACAACCACGAGUACCAGAUCUUCAGCGUCGAGGAGCUCUCCCGGUCCGAAGACGAGCACAUCGCGUUUGCGUGCAACACGACGCUGCCCACCCUCAAGGUGUUCGCCGCCUCGAAUAUCUACACCAUCAUCGGCGAGUGGAGCAACGCCCCGACGGACUGCGCAAAGUGGCUGAACGGACGCGGCGUCGGCGCGAGGUGGGACGGGACGUGGUUUGACGCGAAUACCCCGCUCGGGAACUGCACGGGCUGGACGGGGGACAUGAGCACCUUCAGCGACGACUACAAGACCUUCCUGCGCAAGUAUUGGGAAGCGCAGGUGGCGAUUGGGGAGGCGAUACAAGGUUGGAUCUUCUGGACGUGGAAGGCCGAGAACGCGGAUGAAUGGAGCUAUCAGAAGGGGCUCGAAGGCGGAUGGAUCCCCCAGGAUCCGACGGAUCGAUUGUACCCAGACAUUUGCGGAUGAUGAAACGGUCGGUCCUCAGUAAUACAUCACAUUUUUGGUUUGUAUCGUAGAGAACAUUCGUAAC